GUCAGUAUACUAUUGACAGUUCUCAUACAGUCUGUAAAAUAAGAUUUUGUUAUCAAAUUCUCUUGUGCUUACGAACAUUGUUUUCCUGUAUCGCGAUCAUUGUUGCGUCAUAGCAUUGUUAUAUUAUUUUCUGUUUAGUCCUCUGUUCCCCUAAUAUGACAGAAAUGGGUGAGAAGUACAAUAUCAAGUGUCCUGGUGUGAAACGCCUAAUGAAAGAAGCGCUGGAGUUAGCGGAGGCCACUGAAGAAUAUUGCGCACGGCCCCUAGAAGACAACUUGUUUGAGUGGCACUUCACCGUUCAGGGUCCCAAGGGCACCGACUUUGAGGGCGGCAUCUAUCACGGUAGAAUAUUAUUGCCCAAAGAAUAUCCUAUGCAUCCACCUCAUAUAAUACUAUUAACGCCAAACGGGAGAUUCGAAGUAAACAAAAAGAUAUGUUUAUCAAUAUCUGGACACCAUCCUGAGACUUGGCAACCAUCUUGGUCGAUCCGGACUGCUCUUUUGGCUUUAAUUGCUUUCAUGCCGACUCCUGCUGAGGGAACUAUAGGGUCACUAGACUAUACUCCUGCAGAACGUAAAAUUUUAGCUAAAAAAUCAUCAAGCUGGUCAUGCCCUCAAUGUGGGGAAAUAGCAAAGCUAUUGUCAUCAACUGCAGCCAAACCAUUGACAGAGGAAGAGCAGUCAGUAUUAAACCAAAUUGCAUUUAAAGGUGAGGAUGAACAGACACAGAAACCACCUGAACCUGAACCAGCUCCUGAGCCUGAAGUUCAAGCAUUGGAGUCCACAGAGCCUAGUACUAGCUUUUUAGACCAACUUACAGAGAUCCUGGUUGCUCUCUUGGUUGGUGCCAUAGGGAUUUUCAUUUACCGACGUUGGAAAGCAUUUGAACCUGUAGGAGAAACUGAGCUGUAAUGCCCAAGUCAAAUUCCAUCAGAUCUUAGGGCCUAAGAACACUGGAAUUAUUUUUAUUGCUGUAAAGCAAAAAUAAAUUAUUUGAUAAUGUACACUUUUAUUAUUUCAAUCUAAAAAGUGUAUUGUUUUGUAUGUGUGCCUUAACACUAAGUAUAGUAUAGAGGCAUUCAUCAUCAAUUAUAAAGGGGCCUGUAGACGGGCCACAUUUUCACUGCAAUAUGUGGCUGGCUACUAUUGGUGUCGCCACAUAUUGCAUUGAAAAUAUGGCCGGUCUACAGGCCUAACAGGCCCCAUAAGGUUAAACCUUAUGCAUUCAAUUCAUUUGUCAUGCACUUGAUAUUAUAGCUUAUGUCAUCUCAUCAAUCAUUCUUAUUUAACUUAACUACAUAAGUGUUUUGUUUUGUAGGUUUAUUCAAAAAAUCGAUUCCUAUGUGUAGAGUAGUAUUUAUGGAAAUUAUUGAAAAUAGUAAAAUCAUUUUGUGGCAUUCCAAAAAGUUAGCUGAUAAUGAUAAGGUUUUAUAUCUACAUUGGAAAUUUGUUUCAUUAUAACAAAUAGGUUAAGGAUCAUAAUUAUUAUCUUAGGAUAAGACUAUCACAAAAUAUUUUGUGAAUUUACAUGUAUUUUCAUCAGAUAAUUUAAUAUGAAAAUCUUAAGAUAUACAUAUUCUUGUUUAUAUUGACUAUAAAAUAUUAAAAUGUAUUCUAAACAUAUAAA